AUGUGGGCUUCAGCUUCAAAAAGAAGCUUGCUAAGUGGAUCAGCUAGGAAUGCCGUGAGAUUCAACUCUACAAAAAAUGGUGAUGCAAGUAGUAAAGCCGUUCCAGAAUUCAAUUUGAAUGAUAUUUUCAAAAGGAUUGAUCAAGUUACCACCAAAGCAGCUGAAUUGAAUAAGCAAAGGCAUUUGAACAAACCAUCUCAAGGCGCAAAGGCUAAGUCCGGUAAUCAACCUCGCUACAAAUCUCGGUUUCAAGGAUCUCAACAACAAAAACAACAACAACAAGGACCGAGCAAUCAACAGAGACAACAACGUCCUUUUCGUGCCCAAAAGCAAGACUCCCCAAGUCGUCCGUUUCGCUUCCAAGGUGACGAAAAUAGAGCAGCAAACGUUCUUCGAGGCGAAUCCGGUACCGCACAAGGAAAGAGAUUCCGUGUAUUUAAAGGAGAAUCUCAGUCGACCCAACAGCAACAGCCAUUCAAUCAAGCGUACAGCCAAGAAACGACUAAUGGACUUUAUAGGCAAAACCAACGUGGUGCAUCCUUCAACUCAAACAGCACCACAUUUAGAGAAGUUCCAGAAACAUCUCGCUCUCCAAAACUAUUUGAGCCACUUGGGUCAGGAUUUCAAAGAGACGAAUCAAGAGGAAAACCAUGGCAAGGUCGUGGCGAAGCUACUAGAAACAGCGAUAACAAACCUGCAUCCAGACCAUUCAAGAGGAGAGCCGCUGGACAAAGAAGAACAGGUGGGCCAGCUGCGGGAAGUGAUAAGCCGGCCAUUGCCGCUCCAAUUGAAUCGAAAGAAUUAGUUGCCGAACCUUUGACUCCUACUUUGAAACCAGAACAGUUUUUCUACGGGAAAGUACCAAGUAUAGUUUCUUCAAUUAGCUCAAGGGUUGCCUCCGUUGCCAAGCUAUGCUUAUUGGACUCGAAAUAUCCUUACAAUUUGCCAAAACAGAUCAUUGAAAACGCACCAUCUUCAUCCCAAAACAAAUUCAUUUUACAAAAGAAUUGGAACUUGGAGCCAAAUCAAGAGGUAUUGAGGGGAAGAAUUAGCAGUGUUGUUUUAGGUCAAGUUGAGUCGCUUGAUUUGAAAGGCAAUACAAAUGCUACAUCUUUGCAAGUAAGCCAUGAUCUUUCCAUCAAUCCUACGUUGCACUUAGAUCAGAAGCAACAAAUGUUUGAUACAAUUCAUUCAUUAAACACCCUCAAAACAAUUUUCAAAGACGCUCACUGGAGAAAAGCCAAGAAGUAG